CUGUUGUUGUUCCACUGUUUCAUGUCUUAUCUAUCUGAACCCUUCACCACUAAAGCCUCUCUCCUCUCUUUUCUCAUUCACCCCUUUACCCACUCUUCUCCCCCAUAAAACCACUCUCUCUCUCUUGCCAUCUCUCAGCCCUCUCCUUCCUCCCUCCUCUCUCCCUCUUCCAUUCUCAUGUAAGACAUCUGACGUGUUGUUCAGCAUCAGAGAAACACUUUGUUCAAACACACGCCCAGUAUCCCUCCAUGCACCUGCCCCGAGACUAAACACACCGCAGUAACACACACACAGACACACACACACUGUGACAAAAGAGUCUGCUACAAACUGAUAACAAAACUUAAAGGGAUUUAAACAUGAAGUAACCCACUGUUGGUAAUACCCCCAGCGGUUUGUGUGUUUGUGCAUGUGUACUAUCACUGCUAAACGCUCUACAAAGUCAUCUAUUCUGAUGUCAAACUGUUUGCCUUAUAAUAUGCUAAUAUUUUCAGAAAAGUGAGGCAGGGUUAGGAAGAGACUAAUCCAGAGUCAUAAGUAGACCAAAAUCAAGCUGAGCCAAUGUUCUAUCUACACCAUCUGUUCUCUAGAUCCUCAUGUACACUACAUUACAUUAGGGUUACAUUUUAAGAUCGUCAAUUUUGUACCAUCUAAUAAAAUGGAAUAACAUCUUCACAACAGAUGGCAUGGAAUAUUAACUUUUGAUGGGAUAUGAUUUUGGUAUUGUCUAUGCCUUUAAGACCUAACUAUAGUCUGACGGUUGGAACAGCACAGCUAUGUUUGGGAGAAUCUCUGACUGUGUUUGUGACUUCAUUAAGAGUGAUUAAUGUUGAGUUAAUGGAGAGAGAGAUCUCAGGGGCCUGCUAAUGUGCUUUGACGCUUGGACAACAUGUACAAAUGUGACAAGAUUAUGCGUUAAGAUAAUGUACAUUCUAUUAAUGUUUAGACACUUCAUAAAUGCAAAUACAGUGGGGAAAAAAAGUUUUUAGUCAGCCACCAAUUGUGCAAGUUCUCCCACUUAAAAAGAUGAGAGAGGCCUGUAAUUUUCAUCAUAGGUACACGUCAACUAUGACAGACAAAAUGAGGAAAAAAAAUCCAGAAAAUCACAUUGUAGGAUUUUUAAUGAAUUUAUUUGCAAAUUAUGUUGGAAAAUAAGUAUUUGGUCAAUAACAAAAGUUUCUCAUUACUUUGUUAUAUACCCUUUGUUGGCAAUGACACAGGUCAAACGUUUUCUGUAAGUCUUCACAAGGUUUUCACACACUGUUGCUGGUAUUUUGGCCCAUUCCUCCAUGCAUAUCUCCUCUAGAGCAGUGAUGUUUUGGGGCUGUCACUGGGCAACACAGACUUUCAACUCCCUCCAAAGAUUUUCUAUGGGGUUGAGAUCUGGAGACUGGCUAGGCCACUCCAGGACCUUGAAAUGCUUCUUACGAAGCCACUCCUUCUUUGCCCGGGCGGUGUGUUUGGGAUCAUUGUCAUGUUGAAAGACCCAGCCACGUUUCAUCUUCAAUGCCCUUGCUGAUGGAAGGAGGUUUUCACUCAAAAUCUCACGAUACAUGGCCCCAUUCAUUCUUUCCUUUACACGGAUCAGUCGUCCUGGUCCCUUUGCAGAAAAACAGCCCCAAAGCAUGAUGUUUCCACCCCCAUGCUUCACAGUAGGUAUGGUGUUCUUUGGAUGCAACUCAGCAUUCUUUGUCCUCCAAACACGACGAGUUGAGUUUUUACCAAAAAGUUCUAUUUUGGUUUCAUCUGACCAUAUGACAUUCUCCCAAUCCUCUUCUGGAUCAUCCAAAUGCACUCUAGCAAACUUCAGACGGGCCUGGACAUGUACUGGCUGAAGCAGGGGGACACGUCUGGCACUGCAGGAUUUGAGUCCCUGGCGGCGUAGUGUGUUACUGAUGGUAGGCUUUGUUACUUUGGUCCCAGCUCUCUGCAGGUCAUUCACUAGGUCCCCCCGUGUGGUUCUGGGAUUUUUGCUCACCGUUCUUGUGAUCAUUUUGACCCCACGGGGUGAGAUCUUGCGUGGAGCCCCAGAUCGAGGGAGAUUAUCAGUGGUCUUGUAUGUCUUCCAUUUCCUAAUAAUUGCUCCCACAGUUGAUUUCUUCAAACCAAGCUGCUUACCUAUUGCAGAUUCAGUCUUCCCAGCCUGGUGCAGGUCUACAAUUUUGUUUCUGGUGUCCUUUGACAGCUCUUUGGUCUUGGCCAUAGUGGAGUUUGGAGUGUGACUCUUUGAGGUUGUGGACAGGUGUCUUUUAUACUGAUAACAAGUUCAAACAGGUGGCAUUAAUACAGGUAACGAGUAGAGGACAGAGGAGCCUCUUAAAGAAGAAGUUACAGGUCUGUGAGAGCCAGAAAUCUUGCUUGUUUGUAGGUGACCAAAUACUUAUUUUCCACCAUAAUUUGCAAAUAAAUUCAUUAAAAAUCCUACAAUGUGAUUUUCUGGAUUUUUUUUUCUCAAUUUGUCUGUCAUAGUUGACGUGUACCUAUGAUGAAAAUUACAGGCCUCUCUCAUCUUUUUAAGUGGGAGAACUUAAACAAUUGGUGGCUGACUAAAUAAAAAUUUUCCCCACUGUAUAUGCACAUAUGCUUGAUUAUACCUUGAGAUCCGUGUGAGUAACUCAGAUAUUCACACAAAUCUCCCAUUUACAUUGACUUACAGUAUACACACCUCAAGUUAGGAUAUAGCCCAGUAUGGCUUAAGAGUUGGUACUUUUGUGAUAUCAUUCUAGACCAAUGGUAUGUAACUGAUACUACUUUUGGGACAUCAUUCUAGACCAAUGGUAUGUAACUGAUACUGCUUUUGGGACAUCAUUCUAGACCAAUGGUAUGUGACUUUUGUGAUAUCAUUCUAGAUAUGGUAUGUACAGUAACUGAUACAAGGUCAACGUGUAACUGAUACAAGGUCAACGUGUAACUGAUACAAGGUCAACGUGUAACUGAUACAACGUCAACAUGUAACUGAUACAACGUCAACGUGUAGGAACGUCAACGUAUAACUGAUACAACGUCAACGUGUAACUGAUACAACGUCAACGUAUAACUGAUACAACGUCAACGUGUAACUGAUACAACGUCAACGUAUAACUGAUACAACGUCAACGUAUAACUGAUACAACGUCAACGUAUAACUGAUACAACGUCAACGUAUAACUGAUACAACGUAAACGUGUAACUGAUCCAACGUCAACGUGUAAUUUAUCCAACGUCAACAUGUAACUGAUACAACGUCAACGUGUAAUUUAUCCGACGUUAACGUGUAACUGAUACAACGUCAACGUAUAACUGAUACAACAUCAACGUGUAACUGAUACAACGUCAACGUGUAACUGAUCCAACGUCGACGUGUAACUGAUACAACUUCAACGUGUCUCUAAAAAUGUUUUGUAUUUCCCCCUUCUUUUUAAUUUUGCAAAAAUGUACUGUUUAAUCUGAUGUGACCUAUUUACCUGUACGCUUUAUUCUGGCAGGUUCCUUGGUGAGCCAGGGAUGGAGUCUCUUGAAAUGUAUCCAUUUCACUUGUAAAUUAACAUCAUAAAUGAAAAUGUGUACAUCUAUUUGAUUUGAAAUGUAUUUCAUAUAGUGUUUAUACAGCUCUUUCAAUUAAUUUGAUAAAUGUAUAAACCAUUUGAAAGCCUAUGAGUGUGAAUACUAUAUUAGUUUCUUUCAUUUGAAUCUGGGAGUGUAAUCUGUUACGUCAGAGGAUUGUUCUGUAGACUAGAGGAAGGGGCCUCAGGCCUUCUACCACCUGGGUUUCUCUCUGGAACUACAAGCUCCUGAUGGAUGUGUGUGUCAGUCAGUGUGUGUGUGUGUGUGUGCUUGCCUGUGUGUGUGUGUGUUCUUACUGCUAAUUGCUCCUGUUUGAGGUGUAAAGGUUUUCUCUCCAGACAGAGAAUACAGCUUCCCUAUGUAUCUACCUCCAGACCUGCUCCCUCUCUGCUCUAUAGCUGCUUACCUAUCUCUUCUACCUUUCUGUUGUUCAUUUGUUCUUUUUAAGAUAGAUCAUCUGUGUGGAGUCAGCCUUUUUCUCCCAGAGGAGAUGCUCAGUCUUAGAGGGAAGCCAGGGAACAUAAACUUGGCACCAGUCACAGACCAUGAGGAUAUAACACACUGCUCCUCACACCGUGGCCUUUUAAAAUGUGCUGUAUUAUUUUAUUUGGUUGCCAUAAAAUGUAUCUUCUGUCUCCAUCACUGUAAUCCUGUCAUCCAGUGGAGGCUUUGGCGCUGGCUGUAUGCCAUUCAAAAAGCUCCUCCGUCUCCAGAAGAAAUCCCUGAUUUGUUAGUCAGUGGUCAGUGUGAGUUGAUUGGUCAGUUUGACCUCCCCGCUCCCCCCUCUCUGUCUCUGAUUGGUGUGUUUGUGGGUGUAGGAGGGUCCAUAUGUGAUGCUGAAGAAGAACUGGGAGAUGUUUGAGGGGAAUGACCAGUUCGAGGGCUACUGCGUGGACUUGGCCUCAGAGAUCGCCAAACACAUCGGCAUCAAGUACAAGAUUGCCAUCGUCCCCGACGGCAAAUACGGAGCCAGAGACCCCGAGACCAAGAUCUGGAACGGCAUGGUGGGAGAACUGGUCUAUGGGGUAAGGAUGGAGGGAAGGAGGGAGGGAUAUAUAGAAUUUACAUCUUAUCUUUGGAGUUUGAUGUAAUUAUACUUAUCUUUGGGGUUAGGAGAGUUAGAUACUACUAAACAAAGUGAAUCUAUAUUGUUAGAUACUGUCAAAGUACUUUUUAAUAGACAGACAAGCCAUUUAAAAAAUGUUUUAAAUUAAGCAGGGGCUGCAGCACCCACAGCACCCCUACCUCCCACAUCAUAAAGCAAUGUUUCUUAAUCCUGGUCCUGGGGACCCAAAGGGAUACAUUUAGUUUUUGCCCAAUCACUACAGACCUGAUUCCACUAAUGAACUGAUCAUCAAACCUUUCAUUAGUGGAAUCAGGUGUGUAGUGCUAGGCCAAAAACAAACAUGUACACCCUGUGUCCCCAGGACCAGGAUAAAGAAACACUGUCCUAAAGAACACAAACUGUGAUCAUGAUCUCUCAGAAUAGUUAGUCUUUAACAUGGUUCUCUAACCCAGGGGUGGUAAAAUAUCUAUCCAAUAUCCCGCUGCAUUGAAAAUAUGGUACUGUAACUGACCCUGUGUAUAUAUACAGAACACACCUUGGGCUGGGGACAAUAAAAGGCCACUAUUAAAUGUGCAGUUUUGUCACACAACAAAAUGCCACUGAUGUCUCAAGUUUUGAGGGAGCGUGCAAUUGGCAAAGUGACUGGAAUGUCCACUAGAGCUGUUGCCAGAGAAUUUAAUGUUCAUUUAUCUACCAUAAACCGCCUCCAACGUCGUUUAAGAGAAUUUGGCAGUACGUCCAAACAGGCUCACAACCGCAGACCACGUGUAACCACAUCAGCCCAGGAUCUCCACAUCCGGCUUCUUCACCUGCGGGAUCGUCUGAGACCAGCCACCCGGACAGCUGAUGAAACUGUGGGUUUGCACAACUGAAGAAUUUCUGCACAAAAUGUCAGAAACCAUCUAGUUUUCAUCAUCCUCACGAGGGUGUUGACCUGACUGCAGUUCAGCGUCAUAACCGACUUCAGUGGGCAAAUGCUCACCUUCGAUGGCCAGUGGCAUGCUAGAGAAGUGUGCUCUUCAUGGAUGAAUCCCGGUUUCAACUGUACCUGGCAGAUGGCAGACUUAUGGCAUCGUGUGGGCGAGCAGUUUGCUGAUGUCAACGUUGUGAACAGAGUGCCCCAUGGAGGCGGUGGGGUUAUGGUAUGGGCAGGCAUAAGCUACGGACAACGAACACAGUUGCAUUUUAUCGAUGGCAAGAGAUACCGGGAAGAGAUCCUGAGGCCCUUUCUUGUACCAUUCAUCCGCCACCGUCACCUUAUGGUUCAGUAUGAUAAUGCACGGCCCCAUGUCACAAGGAUCUGUACACAAUUCCUUGAAGCUGAAAAUAUCAAAGUUCUUCCAUGGCCUGCAUACUCACCAGACAUGUCACCCUUUGAGCAUGUUUGGGAUGCUCUGGAAAGAAUGUAUACAACAGCGUGUUCCAGUUCCCAACUAUAUCUAGCAACUUCGCACAGCCAUUGAAGAGAAGUGGGACCUUUCUUCCACAGGUCACAAUCAACAGCCUGAUCCACUCUAUGCAAAGGAGAUGUGUCGCGCUGCAUGAGGCAAAUGGUGGUCACAUCAGAUACUGACUGGUUUUCUGAUCCACGCCCCUACUUUAUUUUUUAAGGUAUCUGUGACCAACAGCGCCGGAGAAGAUGGCUGCCGUUUUACAGCCCUCUAACCAAUUGUACUAUUAUGUGUGUUUUUCCGCGUUAUUUGUAAUUUAUUUUGUACAUAAUGUUUCUGCCAUCGUCUCUUAUAACCAAAAAGAGCUUCUGGAUAUCAGGACAGCGAUUACUCACCUCGUAUUGGACGAAGAUUUUUUCUUCAACGAGGCGGCCGCGAAGGAUAUCAUACAGACACCCGACAAGGCCCAAAUCCCCGUCAUUCGCGUGAGGAAGAGACGGAGAUAUUGUGGACGUAGAUCGGGGUGCCUUGUAAGGAUCCGACGGCGAGCGAGUAAACUGCCUCUUCCAUCAAUCCUAUUAGCAAACGUUCAAUCAUUGGAGAACAAAUUGGACGACUUAAGAUUACAGUUAUCCUACCAACGGGACAUUAAAAACUGUAAUAUCUUAUGUUUCACCGUGUCGUGGCUGAACGACGACAUGGAUUUCAUACAGCUAGCGGGCUAUACGCUACAUCGGCAGGAUAGAACGGCUGACUCCGGUAAGACAAGGGGUGGCGGUCUGUGUAUAUUUGUAAACAACAGCUGCUGCACAAAAUCAAAUACUAAGGAAGUCUCGAGGUUUUGCUCGCCUGAGGUAGAGUAUCUUAUGAUAAGCUGUAGACCACACUAUUUACCAAGAGAGUUUUCAUCUAUAUUUUUCAUAGCUGUCUAUUUACCAGCACAAACCAAUGCUGGCAUUAAGAUUGCACUGAAUGAGUUGUACAAGGCCAUAAAUCAACAGGAAAACGCUCAUCCAGAUGCAGCGCUCCUAGUGGCCGGGGACUUUAAUGCAGGGAAACUUAAAUCCGUUCUACCUAAUUUCUACCAGCAUGUUAAAUGUGCAACCAGAGGAAAAAAAACUCUAGACCACCUUUACUCCACACACAGAGACGCAUACAAAGCUCUCCCUCGCCCUCCAUUUGGCAAAUCUGACCAUAACUAUAUCCUCCUGAUUCCUGCUUAUAAGCAAAAACUAAAGCAGGAAGCACCAGUGACUCGGUUAAUAAAAAAGUGGUCAGAUGACGCAGAUGCUAAGCUACAGGACUGUUUUGCUAGCACAGACUGGAACAUCUUCCGGGAUUCUUCAGACAGCAUUGAGGAGUACACUACAUCAGUCACUGGCUUCAUCAAUAAGUGCAUCGAUGAUGUCGUCCCCACAGUGACCGUACGUACAUACCCCAACCAGAAGCCAUGGAUUACAGGCAACAUCCGCACUGAGCUAAAGGGUAGAGCUGCCGCUUUCAAGGAACGGGACUCUAACCCGGACGCUUAUAAGAAAUCCCGCUAUGACCUCCGAUGAACCAUCAAACAGGCAAAGAGUCAAUACAGGACUAAGAUUGAAUCAUACUACACUGGCUCUGACGCUCGUCGGAUGUGGCAGGGCUUGAAAACUAUUACAGACUACAAAGGGAAGCACAGCCGCGAGCUGCCCAGUGACACAAGCCUACCAGACGAGCUAAACCACUUCUAUGCUCGCUUCGAGGCAAGCAACACUGAAGCAUGCAUGAGAGCACCAGCUGUUCCGGAUGACUAUGUGAUCACGCUCUCCGUAGCCGAUGUGAGUAAGACUUUUAAGCAGGUCAACAUUCACAAGGCCGCAGGGCCAGACGGAUUACCAGAACGUGUACUCCGAGCAUGUGCUGAUCAAGUGUGUCUUCACUGACAUUUUCAACAUGUCCCUGACUGAGUCUGUAAUACCAACAUGUUUCAAGCAGACCACCAUAGUCCCCGUGCCCAAGGACUCUAAGAUAACCUGCCUAAAUGACUACCGACCCGUAGCACUGACGUCUGUAGCCAUGAAGUGCUUUGAAAGGCUGGUCAUGGCUCACAUCAACAGCAUUAUCCCAGAAACCCUAGACCCACUCCAAUUUGCAUACCGCCCCAACAGAUCCACAGAUGAUGCAAUCUCUAUUGCACUCCACACUGCCCUUUCCCACCUGGACAAGAGGAACACCUAUGUGAGAAUGCUAUUCAUUGACUACAGCUCAGCAUUCAACACCAUAGUGCCCUCUAAGCUCAUCACUAAGCUAAGGAUCCUGGGACUAAACACCUCCCUCUGCAACUGGAUCCUGGACUUCCUGACGGGCCGCCCCCAGGUGGUAAGGGUAGGUAACAACACAUCUGCCACACUGAUCCUCAACACAGGGGCCCCUCAGGGGUGCGUGCUCAGUCCCCUCCUGUACUCUCUGUUCACCCAUGACUGCAUGGCCAGGCACGACUCCAACACCAUCAUUAAGUUUGCCGACGACACAACAGUGGUAGGCCUGAUCACCGACAACGAUGAGACAGCCUAUAGGGAGGAGGUCAGAGACCUGGCCGUGUGGUGCCAGGACAACAACCUCUCCCUCAACGUGACCAAGACAAAGGAGAUGACUGUGGACUACAGGAAAAAAAAGAGGACUGAGCACGCCCCCAUUCUCAUCGACCGGGCUGUAGUGGAACAGGUUGAGAGCUUCAAGUUCCUUGGUGUCCACAUCACCAACGAACUAUCAUGGUCCAAACACACCAAGACAGUCGUGAAGAGGGCACGACAAAGCCUAUUCCCCCUCAGGAGACUGAAAAGAGUUGGCAUGGGUCCUCAGAUCCUCAAAAAAUUAUACAGCUGCACCAUCGAGAGCAUCCUGACUGGUUGCAUCACCGCCUGGUAUGGCAACUGCUUGGCCUCCGACCGCAAGGCACUACAGAGGGUAGUGCGUACGGCCCAGUACAUCACUGGGGCCAAGCUUCCUGCCAUCCAGGACCUCUAUACCAGGCGGUGUCAGAGGAAGGCCCUCAAAAUUGUCAAAGACUCCAGCCACCCUAGUCAUAGACUGUUCUCUCUGCUACCGCACGGCAAGCGGUACCGGAGUGCCAAGUCUAGGUCCAAAAGACUUCUCAACAGCUUCUACCCCCAAGCCAUAAGACUCCUGAACAGCUAAUCAUGGCUACCCGGACUAUUUGCACUGCCCCCCCACCCCAUCCUUUUUACGCUGCUGCUACUCUGUUAAUUAUUUAUGCAUAGUCACUUUAACUCUACCCACAUGUACAUAUUACCUCAACUACCUCAACUAGCCGGUGCCCCUGCACAUUGACUCUGCAACGGUACCCCCCUGUAUAUAUAGCCUCCCUACUGUCACUUUAUUUUACUUCUGCUCUUUUUUCUCUCAACACUUUUUUUGUUGUUGUUUGAUUUUUACUUUUUUUGUGAAAAAUAAAUGCACUGUUGGUUAAGGGCUGUAAGUAAGCAUUUCACUGUAAUGUCUGCACCUGUUGUAUUCGGCGCAUGUGACCAAUAAAAAUUGAUUUGAUUUGAUUUGAUUUGUAUUCCCAGUCAUGUGAAAUCCAUAGAUUAGGGCCUAAUUAAUGUAUCUCAGUUGACUGAUUUCCUUAUAUGAACUGUAACUCAGAAAUAUCUUUGUAGCGUUUAUAUUUUUGUUCAGUGUAGUAUGCUUACUUAUCUUAUGUGUUUUUGUUCUACCUUGUUAUUUUUUUGUAUCACAUUGUUAUUGAUUACUGCAUUGUUUGGGUUAGAGCUUCACUGUACUUGUGCAUGUGACAUUAAAAACUAAUUUAAUUACAUUUAACUAACAUUAAAACUUGAAACUAUUGUGCCUACUGUACCCUUGCGGUCUUUCACUUUGGAAACAUCUAACCCCUAGCCCCCAUCCCGGCUUUGUCUCCGACCCCUAUCUAAACAAUAGCUCUAGUCCGCUGCCUGUCUUUCUCUCUCAUCCACUGUGCUCCAGGUCUCCCAGGAUUUAGUCAUAUUUCCUCCAGCUGCCUGCCAGCAGACACAUUGGAGGAGUGACUGUAAUCAGUCGAUGACUAAUCUACUUUGUACAUUUUCUAAAGCCAGGCUUCUCUCUGACUAUAUCAGUGGUGCGUGUGUGUGUGUGUGUUUGUGUGUGUGUUCUUACUCCAGCGACUGUACAUGAGUGUGUGUUCUCGCUCCGUAAGCACAUUUUACAGAAUGAGUCAUUACCAAUCCCACAAUUCAUUCACUUUGAUUAAUUCCAAACAUUCCCAGUCGUGUCCAAUCAUUGAUCUGUUUUAGCUGAGGGGAGAUAAUGUAUUUAUCUAUCCCUCAUCCUCUCCCCCUCUCCCUCGCUCUCUUACUUUUGUUUUCUCUCUCUCUCUCUCGCUCUUUCUCUCUCACACACUAUCUUUCUCUCUCGCGCUCUCUCUCACGCUCCUGUUUUUCUGUCUGGUUUCUCUAAUCCUUUCUUCAACUCUUUCUCUCUCUCCCCCUCUCUAUUGUUCACUUUGUCUUUCUCUUCAAUCUCUCAUACUCUUUCUUCCCUUGUAGGUUAAAAUACAUACUUGAACAGACAUGUAGUAGGCACUGUGUUGUUGAUUAUAUGAAUCCAAGGUGAAUUGUUGUUGUAUUUAACAGAUUGGAAGAGAGACCUUGAUGGUUGAUUUGUAUUCUAGUUUCCUGUAUCUGGCCAUUAUGAAUGAUUUUCUCCCUCCCUCCCUCCCUCCCUCCCUCCCUCCCUCCCUCCCCUCUCUCCCCUCCCUCCCUCCCUCCCUCCCUCCCUCCCUCUCUCCCUCCCCUCUCUCCCUCCCCUCCCUCCCCCUCCCCCCCGUGCUGCAGAAAGCAGAGAUAGCGGUAGCCCCUCUGACUAUAACCCUGGUCCGUGAGGAGGUGAUAGACUUCUCGAAGCCCUUCAUGUCCUUGGGGAUCUCCAUCAUGAUCAAGAAGCCCCAGAAGUCUAAACCUGGAGUGUUCUCUUUCCUGGACCCGCUGGCCUACGAGAUCUGGAUGUGCAUCGUCUUCGCUUACAUAGGAGUCAGCGUGGUGCUAUUUCUGGUGAGUGUGUGUGUGUGUGUGUGUGUGUGUGUGUGUGUGUGACCAGAAUCAGUUGAAUCAGCUGUGUAGAGCUGGGCUGGAAUAAAAGCCUUCACGCCCUGUAACUAACCCCUCUCCUCUGUCCCCAGGUGAGUCGUUUCAGUCCGUAUGAGUGGCAUGCAGAGGAACCAGAGGAGGGCUCUACUGAGCCAGGUCCCACUGACCAGCCACCCAACGAGUUUGGCAUCUUCAACUCUCUCUGGUUCUCACUGGGGGCCUUCAUGCAGCAGGGCUGCGACAUCUCACCACGGUGAGUGUGUGUGUAUGUGUGCGUGUUUUGUGUAUGGGUGCGUGUGUGUGUGUGUGUGUGUGUGCAUGUGCUUGUCUGUGUGUGUGUGUCUGCCAACCCAGCUCUCUCUAAUGUCAGAGUGCUUUUGUCCUGCGUCAGAAGCUGCUGGUCAUACUGAGUGCUGUGAUUCAGAUCAGUUGACUCUAGUACUGUGAUACACACAGGUGUCCAGCGUGAGAGGGGAGCUAAAGGCGUGUCAAAUAAAUACACACACACACACAACCACACACUGUGUGACCCCUUGGUCAGCCUUCAUAUAGCUACAUUUUGUGUGGGAGACUGGCGGUUGUCUGCAUAUUAAACUUUAAUGUUCCAACGGGGGGGAAAUGACAGGCUUUAUUUUUAGAAUAUUUAUAAGAAUAUAGCAUUUUAUUAUUGAUAACCUCAGAAUGCAGUUUAGUGAAAUAUUAAUGUCCACCAUCCACAUACCUUUAGGGAGCACAUCUGAUUAAAAAAUAG